GGCGGAGUGUCUCGCUUCGGUUCCCGCUGCUUCUGCUGCUGCUGCCGCCAUCCCCCGUCCUGCCAGCGGCCCCCGGGGCACCCGCGCCGGUGAACCCCUGUUGUUACUAUCCAUGCCAGCACCAGGGUAUCUGUGUCCGCUUCGGCUUUGACCGCUACCAGUGCGACUGCACCCGCACGGGCUAUUCCGGCCCCAACUGCACCAUCCCUGAGCUAUGGACCUGGCUCCGGACUACUUUGCGGCCCAGCCCCUCUUUCCUCCACUUCCUGCUGACGCAUGGCCGCUGGUUCUGGGAGUUUGUCAAUGCCACCUACAUCCGGGACAUGCUCAUGCGUCUGGUACUCAUAGCGCGUUCCAACCUCAUCCCCAGCCCCCCCACCUACAAUGCAGCGCAUGACUACAUCAGCUGGGAAUCCUUCUCCAACGUGAGCUACUAUACGCGUGUUCUGCCCUCUGUGCCCCAAGACUGUCCCACGCCCAUGGGGACCAAAGGGAAGAAGCAGUUGCCCGACGCCGAGCUCCUGAGCCGUCACUUCCUGCUUAGGAGGAAGUUCAUCCCUGACCCCCAAGGCAGCAACCUCAUGUUUGCCUUCUUUGCGCAACACUUCACACAUCAGUUCUUCAAAACUUCUGGCAAGAUGGGUCCUGGCUUCACCAAGGCUUUGGGCCAUGGGGUCGACCUUGGCCACAUUUAUGGAGACAAUCUGGAACGUCAGUAUCACCUGCGGCUCUUUAAGGAUGGGAAACUCAAGUACCAGGUGCUGGACGGAGAGAUGUACCCGCCAUCGGUGGAAGAGGCGCCCGUGCUGAUGCACUACCCCCGGGGCAUCCCGCCCCAGAGCCAGAUGGCAGUGGGCCAGGAGGUGUUUGGGCUGCUUCCGGGGCUCAUGCUCUACGCCACGCUCUGGUUGCGUGAGCACAACCGAGUGUGUGACCUGCUGAAGGCUGAGCACCCCACCUGGGGCGAUGAGCAGCUCUUCCAGACGGCCCGCCUCAUCCUCAUCGGCGAGACCAUCAAGAUUGUGAUCGAGGAGUACGUGCAGCAGCUGAGUGGCUACUUCCUGCAGCUCAAGUUUGACCCAGAGCUGCUGUUAGGCACCCAGUUCCAGUACCGUAACCGAAUUGCCAUGGAGUUCAAUCACCUCUACCACUGGCACCCGCUCAUGCCCGACUCCUUCCGGGUGGGCCCCCAGAACUACAGCUAUGAGCAGUUCCUGUUCAACACCUCCAUGCUGGUGGACUACGGGGUCGAGGCCCUGGUGGACGCCUUCUCUCGCCAGCCCGCGGGCCAGAUCGGCGGGGGUAGGAACACAGACCACCAUGUCCUAUACGUGGCUGUGGAAGUCAUCAAGGAAUCGAGAGAGUUGCGGCUGCAGCCCUUCAAUGAGUACCGCAAGAGGUUUGGCAUGAAGCCCUACACCUCUUUCCAGGAGCUCACAGGAGAGAAGGAGAUGGCAGCUGACUUGGAGGAGCUGUAUGGGGACAUCGAUGCCUUGGAGUUCUACCCAGGGCUGCUUCUUGAGAAGUGCUCUCCAAACUCCAUCUUUGGGGAGAGUAUGAUAGAAAUUGGGGCUCCUUUUUCCCUUAAGGGCCUCUUAGGGAAUCCUAUCUGUUCUCCGGAGUACUGGAAAUCGAGCACAUUUGGCGGUGAGAUGGGUUUCAACCUUGUCAAGACGGCCUCGCUGAGGAAGCUGGUUUGCCUCAACACCAAGACUUGUCCCUACGUCUCCUUCCACGUGCCGGACCCCCGCCAGGAGGACGGGCCUGGAGUGGGGCGGCCAUCCACAGAGCUCUGAGGGGCCAGGGCAGCAGCAUUCUGGAGGGUAGAGCUUACUGCUCAUCAUUCCAGAAUGCUGAGACCAGGGUUGAUAAUCUUCAAUGUUGGGUUUCUGAUUUGGUGUUGAGAGCAUCAGGGUGGACGUUUAGAACUCUGGGUCUCUCACCACGAUCUGGAACACUGUGGUUUUGUUUGUCGAUCUAGAAUGCUGAAUUCCUGGUGAGCCAUCUAGAAAGUGAGGAGUGGUUCUCCUUCGGAAUGCCAGAACACUGGUUUCCGGUUGAUCACCUAGAAUGUCAGAUUUCUGGCUGAUCCAGAAUACAGGCAUUCUAAAAUAUGGGACUCCUGAUGGAAUCAUCUAGAAAGUUAAGGGGUUCUUAUUUUGCAUUCUAGAAUUCUGGGUGGUCCUCCGGAGUGUUGACUUUCUGAUUGGUUAUUCAGAAUGUGGUGUUCCUGGUUGCUGAUCCAGAACAGUAGCUGGUGUGCUAUAGAUCUGUCCUGUCCUGAAUGUCUGGAGCAUUGAUGAUUCAUUUUCCUGUUCAGUGAGACAUCCACAGAGCAGGGGAAUCUAAUGUCUAAUGAGAAUGCAUUGCCUGAAUCUGUACCUGCACAGAGGAGGCAAGGAGGUGGGGUGUUCUGCUUGGGACCCCAACUGAGACCCUGGUCUGAGGCUAUAGAGAGAACAGGUGGCUUUUUCCAGGCCAUUGACUGGAAGCCACCAGAGCUCUGUCUUUGUCCAGAUCUUGACUCACGGCAGCUGUUUUUCAUGAAGUUAAUAAAGUUCUUUUUCCAAA